UCUGCCUUACUGAGUACCUUAAAAUAAGCAGGUGGUGAAAAGUCAAACUAUAUUUGUUACAGCUCUCCAUUUUUGUCUGUGAGUCCAUGUGAGCCUCUGUUAGUUCUGAUCAUUUUUAAAAGCUUUGAAAUCCCCACUGCCUACCCUCCACUUUGCUCACCGCUGAAUAGAUGGCGAGCUGAUCUUUUUAUUAGUCAGUAAUGGAUUUGGUUUGAUUGCUUGACACAAGAACAAUGGAAGAAUAAACAAUUCCAUUUGUGGCCAUGAAAUCCCCCAUCUGUUUAGCGUGUUUGUGUUCAGGACGAAGUGGACAGAGACCGAUGAGCAAGCCAGCCGCAUCUGAUGUUAAUGACAUCAGUCAUAAAAACAGAACAUGUGGCACCAUAAAUCAAAAUCUAAUUGAACUUUGAGACAAUUGCAUUGAUUGCUUUCUGAACAUUUUAAACGUAUCAGUGAUUUCUAGAACAAUAGCCAUUCCCCCUCAUGCUGUAAUAGAUCUACUGCCAUGAUGUUUUGAGAUCACCCUAGGAAGGUCAACAAGUAAGGCAACUAUUGCCUUAAAAUCUGUUUGUUUGAGACUGUAGCCUGGUUCACAAGUUACAACCUGUGUUCAGUACGCACUUCAUUUUAUAUAUGUAUGUGCAUUCACUGUAGCAUGAACAAGGCCCUUUACUCUUGUGGAAAAGAGCUCUUUGGCUAAUUUGCUCAAUAUAAGUAUCUUCCUUUAAACAUUUUAUUACAUCAUGACAGUGGUCGCAAGUUGUCUUUCUGUGCCAUCAUGUGGCAGAAACCAGUGUUUUUGACUCAGAACUACUUUACCACAUAUGCAGUCAGGUAAAGAGUGCAUUUACAUUUUAACUUCUCAAGAAAUUUCUCAAAAAUAUUUAUAAAAUCAAAUACACUCAUUACGAUGGCAUUAAUUACUAAAAUUAUAAUCCUGAAGAGAAUUCAUUCAUAAGCAGAUAAGCAUUAAGGUGGAGAAGAUGCAGUGAUUUCAAUGAGCUUUAUUUCUGAGUAAGUGGAUGUAGAAUUACACCUGGUGUCUAUUGGUUUUAGCAGGAGCUCAAGAUACAUCAGCAAACCUGGGCGCCUAUUAAAAAGGCUAAAGCAUGUAGUCCAAUCAGAAGAAAAUCCAAAGGUACACAAUGCAUCCUAUCAAAAAAGAUGGUAGCAGUGUCUGAUUAUCAUCCUCAGGGGACAGAUGAACUGUUGUCACACCAAGGCGAUCUCAUUCAAGUUUUCUACAAAAAUAAAGCUGGACCAGAAUUCACCCAACUACAGAACAGGCAAAAAAGAGUCAUCCGUAAUCCUAUCAAGUGCUCUGAAACACAUUCAGAAAUUUCUAAACAACAGUCAUUCAGCUAUGGCAAAAACCAGCCAGACAUAAAUUCUUUGCAACCUCAAGCAUCUUCAGGAGGAUCCCACCACAACAUAAAAUGGAUUGCAGUUAACGAGCCAGCAAUAAAGAAUGGUGUUGCAGAAGAGCAUGCAAAGUUUUCAUGGAGGAAUGCUGAAGAUGACACAGCCCUCACUCAUGGCGCUGAAGUUUGUUUACCUUUGACUGGGAGCACUUUGCACGGCACACCUGGUUUCCUGAGAAAAAUAUGGAUGAAACAUAAAAAGAAGGCAGAAUACCUGGGGGCCACCAAUGGUGCCUUUGAAGCAGAUUGAGAAGCCUCAGCCUGCCUUUUGCAGGACAGAGUUUACUCUGAGAGAAUCCUGUCGUAUUUAUCUUACUGGUAAUGAAUAAAAGUGUUGCUAACACAUAUCCAUACAAAUAUUGUUUGCCUAAUUGGCAGA